UCUGGUUGAGAUAACCCUUUUCAUCAACAUCAAGAGAGAUUGUCAGUGCAGAAGUUGUCGCUUCAGCGCAAGCGUUCAGCGACCACACUCGGAACCAAACACGAACAGCACUACCUCAAGCCGCCGCCGCAUGCAGCCGAGUCAGUCCUCCAGCAGAUCGCCGCCAGCGCAUGACAUUCUCUCUAUUUUUAGCACGCGCCCACGUGUCCACAGGCCGCGUUCGUUGCGCGUGAGCCGUAAACACCACGCACCUCCAUCAUCAUCAACUACACCAUAUCCCAAGCACCCACACCGCGCAUCUCCCUAUCACCUCAACCACAAACCAGCCCAAACCCACGUAACCAAAAAAACAAAACAACCAAACAAACAGCACACCAAACCACACCACACUACCAAUCGACAAUGUGGUUCGAACUGCAGCACAAGUUCCCCGAGCUCCCGCUCUCCGUCCUCAUCCUACUGGGCUCGCUGCCUAUCCUCGUGUUGGUUGGCGAGGGUGGGGAUGGGAGGGAGAAGGAGAGACGUGAUUAGGUGGUUAUGGUGAUGUGGUGAUGGUGGAGAAGGAGCAGGGCGGUCGUGGUGCGCUUUUGUGUGGGUGGGGC